GAAAAAUUAGCACAGCUUUUCAAAUCUUUUCAGUGACGGGAAUUUUCGUGUUCGACAGAGGCCGCCGAGCCUCCCACUAACAUUCAGGGUGUCGGGACCAGAAUCACAGUAUCGUAAGUACAGCUACUUGCAGCUACUCUCAAUGCAACCCAUCAUCCUGUAUGAUAUACCGUCCAAGCUUCCCAAGAAGCAAUGGGCACCCAACCCAUCAAAGACGAGAUUCUGUCUCGGUCAUAAAGGCCUUCCAUAUGAAGUUAUCUGGGUGGAGCUCUGUGACAUCGCCGCAACCAUGAAAGGUAUCGGCGCAUCUCCAACAGCUGGGGAAAGGUACACUGUGCCAGUCAUCAAUGAUCCCAACACUGGUGUGACGAUCUCCGACUCCCAUGCAAUUGCCAAAUACCUCGACGAGACCUACCCUGACAAACCGCUUAUACCCCACGGGACACACGUACUCGUAGAGACCUUCGAGACCCUGUUCCUCAACACAGUCAUGGGGCCAAUGGCCAGAGAAACACGCUGGGAAGAUAUGGCUCCUGAAGGGAAGGCACAGGAAAUGUGGACUGCGUUGAAGAAGGGCCUCGGCGUUGUGGAUGGGUGGUAUCAAAAGAGCGGGGACAGGUGGAUUAUGGGAGACACGUUCUCGUUCGCGGACAUUGUCGUGGCUUCUUGGAUAGCUUGGUGGAACGUUGUCUUGAACGAACAAGAAUGCCGAGAGGUCCACGCAUUACACGGGGGAAGAUGGGCACGUCUUUUGGCAGAUGUGAAUACCGAAUGCAACACAAAUCUAGGUUCCUUUGCGGAACGUAGACUUUCCUUCUUAUGAGUUUCAUGGAUUUUCACUAGCUGUAGAAGCAGUUCGUGUAGUCUCGUCACUUACUCGCGCUCAUUCCCUCAAACAUACAAAAACGACUGUGUCAAGAGUUUUUCUUCGAAGUAAGUACUGCCGCAGGACACGGGCAUUCCAGCGUUAA